AUGGAGCGGCUCCAGACGAAAAGGUUGAUGACGCGAGCCGAAAUUGAACAUCUAAGCGAAGAGAUACAAGUAGCGGCUACAAUUGAGGACUUCAGGCCUCAUCAGGAAGAACAGCUCGCAGAAAUAACGGACGAGCUGGAUGCCCUGGCAAGGGAACUCAAGGAGCAAGAUGCGCUCAUAGAGGUCCAAAGACAAGGACCGUCAUCUAUCGGGAGGAGGGUGGCUGAGACCACAGAACGACCUCCCACUAAAACCCAGAGCCGAGCUGGACAGCUUAACCUACCAAAGCUCGAACUCCAAUGGUUUGAAAGGGAGAAGUUGAAUUCGCUUACCUUCUGGGAGCAGUUUCGACAGGCGAUCCACGACAACAUCAAGCUGUCCGGCGUGGAGAAGUUUCUGUACCUGCGGAUGGUGCUGACGGGCAAGGCGGCGGCGGCGGUAAGCGGCAUUCAAGCAAGGAAGAACAGCUACGCCUAUGCCGUGGAGCUUCUGAACAAGAGAUUCAGCAAAAGAGACGUCCUUGUUAAAGAACACCCCACACAGCUUCUGAACCUGCCAAAAGUGAAGGCGCUGAGUGACCUCGGGGCCCUCCGUCGUCUAAACGAUCACGUGCAUCGCAGCAUCGCUUCGCUCAGGACUUUGGGCAUCGACUCUGACAGCUACGGGGUGAUGCUGUGUGCUGCGUUGUUCUGCGUCCUGCCUGCUAACUGGGCCGUGGACUUCUAA